AUGAAGCGACUAUUCACGACUUUGCAACUGGCAGCAGUUAAGUCGCGUGGAAAAGCCGAUGGAGGCGAGAGCCAAGAGGCACUUGGAGAGGAUGAAGCGCUGAAAGUAAAGUUGAGAGGACGCCGCGCCAAUCAGGGUGAUGAAGAGGUGGAAGAGAGAGAAGACGUCGAGAGUAUUAUUGAGUUUGAAACCACAAACCAAGCAGAAGGUAUGCUAGCAGAGACAGCGGAAACAGACUGGCCGUCACUACACAACUGA